AUGGUGGCUGCUAGCGUCGAUACCUCGGCGACUUCUCAAGCUGAUGAAGAGGCACAAGAGCCCUUUCGAGAAGUUAGAAUGCCUCAAAGGAGAAAAGUGAACAACAGCUCUAAUAAACGAGUGGCUGACCUUUUUGACGAGGGGGUAGACGCGGGUUUAGGAAAUGACUCCAAUAACGGACUAAAUUACGUAGCUAGUAACUCCACAGCAAUAACCACGACGAUAUACCUAUGA